AUGGAUGGCGAUCAACGCAAGCAUGAAGGCUCGAUGUCUCGAUCUAGAACUGCUCCUCGGCGAGCACCUGGUCGUGCGACCGAGUCUGACCCGGCCAUACAGCCACGUGGAGACCCAACGGGGAUGUCGCAACCCCCGGAUCAAGCCCCAAUGUCCUACGACUACGGAUACACAGCCAGCUCUUUCCACGGUUCCCUGCAGUCCAGCGACAUCCCAAGCUACCAGGACUUUGUUCGAGGACGCCAGAUCUCGGCUCUUCAACGAAGACGGGUGCCGGAGUACUAUGAUUCCAUGAUCUAUGGAUUCCAGGGUCCAACCCCAGGUCCCUUUGAGGUUGUUCCACAAUACCAGAAUCGUCCGGCAGCUAUGGAUCUGGCAACUCAAUUCGUUCCACAGUACUUUGCUGAAGAGUCUGCCGAGUCUGGGGUUGCAGGACUUUCACCUUUUCUAAAUGCGCCAAUGCCUUAUAAUCAGCCCAAUCCCAUGGUGCGCCCCAAUACCACCCAGUCCUUUCCUUCCAAUAUCCCUGAUUUUACUGCUAUCGGCUCAGGGUCCAUGAACCGAUUGGAUCAAGAGCCUCAGCAGUCGGAUCCCUCGAGUUUGGAGGAGGCCAUCGGUCAAUAUCAGCACCUCCUCCGCCAAACGUUCGAUCAGACCCGCGCUGGACGUUUGGCAGAGGCUGGCGCAUCUUUGACCCAAAUCUCCGAGUGGCUUGUGACUAAUGCACGGGAACUAGGUAAGAUGAUGCUUUUUUUUUCUUUCUUUGGAUUUUUCCAUCGUUGUGCACUUUUCCUCGUCGAUAUUUCCCCAUCUCAUUUUUCGCAACCCAAAAUCCUCAGUUGUUUUUUUUUUUUUUAUCAUUAUUAUUUUCUGUGUCAUCUUCCAGUUUUUUUGCCUUUCCAGAUGCACAGAGGGUCAUGCCGGGCACAGUCUACUCUGGGUGUCGGUAGUAGCACAAAAGUCGUACUCCCGACUGGCCUUCUUCGUGAUGAUAGCAUCCAUUAUCCAGAUCGUCUGGAGCUCUGGAGCAACUUUAAUCUUUGCUGGCUAGCCGUCUGCCAAAAGCAAAAGGACUUGUUACAAGACUUGAUAGCAUCAGGUCAUCAGUCGACACAAGUUAGCUUGAUUCGACGUGACCGCAUGGAAUCAAUGGGGACGGACCUCAUACAACUAUGCGAUCAAUUGGAACAGCAUGGCUUAGUGGAUUACCAAAUGGGUAUAUGGGAAGAAGAGAUUCUAUCUGUCUUGAGUCAAUGCCUCGACCUGAUGGAAGGUAGUCCCGAGCUCCACCAUAUCCCAGCCAUACCCGAACCCAGAGCAGCGGUACCUCGACCAUGA